AUGUUUGCCCAGUGGGCUUCCCGCUGCCUCCCCGGCCUUAGUAUCCUUGCUCUCCUUGCCCUCCUUCUUCUAACCUCGACCGAUGUGCUCCCAGGGUCAUGGAAAGGCCCACCGAGGGGCAAGGGGCCUUCUAACGACCCUGCUACACUCACCCUGGCGCAGACGAUAUUCGUUGUAUAUACAAUCCUGGUCCAUCUCAACACUCUGCUAUUCACCGGCCGACUCUCAUGGGCCUUGUCUCAUGCCUUCCGUCAAACAUCCAAGGUUCUGAAGCGGCGAUCCGACCAGUCUCCGAGUAGUACUCCUGAGCCAGCGAGUCCUCUUACGGACGACCCUCUCGCAACUUCCCUGGACUUGAAGCGAGCCCAGACGUGGGCUACAGAACUCUCGGAGGAAGUCACUCAUGCCCUUAUACUCCCGAACUAUAACGAGGACAUCGGCACCCUGCGUGAUACACUCGACGUUCUCGCCAGCCAUCCACGAGCACGCACUCAGUAUGAGAUCUACCUCGCUAUGGAGCAGAAGGAAGCCGGGGCAGCUGAGAAGGCUGAGAAGCUGGUCUCGUUGUAUGAAAAGUCGUUUGCGCUUGUACAACCAACCUUCCACCCCUCUGGUCUGCCUCUGGAGAUUGCAGGAAAGAGUUCCAAUGUCGCCUUUGCUGCGCGCUGCAUCGGACAGGUGCACCGGGCUGAGCUGGGGUCUGGGAGUUGCAACGUGAUCAUCACCGUCAUGGAUGCCGAUACAAACCUUCUACAGGACUACUUUACCGAGAUCCGUCGCCUACACUAUGCCCAUAUCACCGAGGCCGAUCGUACGCUCUACUCGUGCCCUAUAAUCUUCGACAGAAACUCCAACGACAGCCCUAUCAUGGUUCGCUGCGCCGACCUGCUAUGGAGCUUCGCCGGCCUGUCUACCAUGUAUCCUCACUCCACCGUCUCCAUCCCAACCUCCGUCUACUCCCUCCCUCUUGUGCUCGCAGACAGAGUCGGUGGCUGGGACAGCGACCCGACCUCUAUCGGAGAGGACAUGCACAUGAUGCUGAAAUGUUACUUCAACACAAACGGCAGCCUCAUCUCCCGCGUCGUCCACACCCCAGCAAGCCAGUGCAACGUCUCCAGCGACCUGCCACAUGCAGGCUUCCGUCGCUGGCUGGACACCUGCGUUGCACGAUACCGACAGGCCCUGCGACACAUGUGGGGUGCUCUCGACUCGGGCUUCGCAACCAGGAAUACAGUCGGCUCAUUCCGGUUCAGCUGGCGCUGUCUUCUCCUCAAGCCGAGACACAUUGCCCUGAUGCACCUUCUCUGGGAAGCACACUUCCUCCCCUGCCACUUCACCAUCCUGCUCAUCUUCUCUAUGGUGUAUGAACAACUCGCUUCGUUUACACAGAUGCCGCUUCACCCUUACAUCACGUUCACUUUCCAGUUCACAGCUUUCCUGCGCUUCGCGUCCUUUGUGUGGAUGAAUAUCUGCAUAUCUCUUUACAACCGGUGGUACGCGCUCUGCCUGCAGACCCGAAGAAACGACACGAGCCAACUCCACGGCGGCGAUGUUAAUACUGGGUUCUCGGAUCGUCGUCACUGGUACCGAUUGACUUUCCUGUUUGAACGGAUUAUAUUUCCCAUUGCGGGCACAAUAUUUGGAGCCGUGCCGACAAUUCAUGCGGUGUUUAUGCAUUUCUGGACAGAUCGGUUGGUGUACCGGGUGAGCAAGAAACCGGCUUUUGCGAUGGGGGCUGGAAUCGUGUGA